AUGUCCCCCCGCAAGGACUACGCCGUCCUCCCCCAGCACGUCCUCGACUCGGAUGCCCCCCAGGACGCCCCCGCCGUCCCCUCCAUCUUCGGCCUCCCGCUCAAAUACGUCUCUCUCGUGACGUUGGCCGUCCAGAAUGCCCUCCUCGCCCUCAUCAUGCACUACUCGCGCGUCUCCACCGCGCCCCAGCACACGUACUCCGCCGCGUCCGCAGUCCUCCUCACCGAGCUCCUCAAGGGCUUCAUCUCCCUCACCGUCGCCUUCGUCCGUCUCGACUACUGCUCCCCCGCGGGUGUCUCCACCGGCUCCGUCUGGAACCCGAGAGUGCUCUUCUACCGCUUCCGCAGGCUCGGCAAGGAGGUCUUCCGCCCCGACUGCUGGAAGCUCUCCAUCCCCGCUAUCCUAUACGUCAUCCAAAAUAAUCUCCAGUUCGUCGCCGUCUCCAACCUCGACGCCGCCACCUUCCAAGUCAGCUACCAGAUGAAGAUCCUCACCACCGCCGCUUUUUCCGUCCUCCUCCUUCGCAAAAAGCUCUCCCCCACCAAGUGGUUUGCCCUCCUCUGCCUCGCCAUUGGCGCGUUCAAGGGCUUCAUGGCUGUCGUCAUGGCCUUCUACUUCGAGAUGGUGCUCAAGAACUCGCAAACGGACCUCUGGGUACGCAACGUCCAGCUCUCCCUCUUCUCCCUCCUCCCCGCCAUCGUCCCCAUCGUCUUCUCCAACGCUGCCCCCAACGGCCCUACCAUCGGUUGGCUCGAGCGCCUCUUCGCCAACUUCGGCGUCUGGGCCUGGGCCACCGUGCUCAUCCAGGUCCUCGGAGGUCUCCUCACCGCGCUCGUCAUCAAGUACGCGGACAACAUCCUCAAGGGCUUCGCGACCAGCCUGUCGAUCGUCAUCUCCUUCCUCGCGUCCGUGGCGCUCUUCAACCUGCAGAUGACCGUCACCUUCGUCCUCGGCUCCACCGUCGUCCUCGUCGCCACGUGGAUGUACAACCAGCCCGACGCGCCGCAGGGGGACAGCUUCUGCUCGAAGGAGUCGCACUCGUGGGGAUGGAGGUGGCGCCGUGCGAAGCCGGCGACUUCUGCCCUUGAGCUGGCGGGUGGAGCGGUCGCGAUCUCCCGUCGCCCCUCGACGUCUUCGCUCGCGUCUCUCGACCGCGCCCCGGCCUCGGGCCAGUCGCGUUCGUACCCCGGUUCCCCGGUGGAGCGCGAGAUGCCGUCACCCCGUGCCGCGUCGCGUCUUGCGCACUACUUCAACCGCCCUGGCUCGGGCACGUUCGUCAUCCCCGAUCCCGCCACGUCCUUCAACGCGUCGUCGUCAUCAACGCCGCUGAUAACGUUCGCGUCGUCGUCACCGUCGACCCGUCCGCCGAGCUCACUGUCGUCGUGCGCGUCGUCACGGCCGGCGAGUGCGAUGGGCAGCUCGACAUCAACGCUCGCUGAGCAAGAGCACCAUCCAUGA